CCUCCUGGUUCCUGCCCCGCCCCGUUUGGCGGCGCGGCGGUUGGCGCCUCCGCUGUCAGUGUCCGAGCGUGCGGCGGCGGCGGCGGCGGCGGCAGCAGCGCUUCAGCCCGCUCCGGAGCUGGGCGGCGAGAGCGGGGACACCCCAGGCCUGCCGCACGAGAGCUGCCCCAGGAGCAAGGAGGACUAAUCCUGGGAGAAGCCAGGCCUACUGGAUGAGCAGACUGUCCCGGGAGAAGCCUGGAGUUGAUAGGCGCUAGGUCUGAUGAGUGAGAGCCAUCCUGAUUGCUGCUGGGAUUUGUUAUGUUCUGCUCGGACAUACUCUCUCGGGAAAAUCCAUGAUUGAACGGAUGCUGUUGAUUUAAACUGGGAUAAAAGAAAAAAAAUCCUUACGUAGCCUAUCAGACCUGGGAUAGAUCAUCACUCAACUCUAGAAAGAGAGCUGUGGUGGAAAUAAAUUGGGCCAAACGAAGAGAGAUUCUGGCAAUUUUUUGAGUCAAAGAAGAGUUGCUGAUAAAGUGAUCUGGAAAUCCCAACGAUAAACUGAGAUUUGCUGAAGUGCAUAAAAAGAAAUCUUGAUCAAAACUGAGUGAAAACCAAAAUUUGGAUUAAAUGAGACUUUUUGGAUUAAACUGAGAAAUGUGCCCUGGGUAAAGAUACUAACCCUGGGAGAGAGCAGACAAGAAAAAACUAUUUCAGGUGGUAAAACUACUGCAGUUUUGUGCUGCUGAGGUGGGAAUAGAGGAAUGGAUAAUGGGUGUUCUACCACAUUUUUUUUUUUAAGGCAGUGCUAGCAAGAAGCAAAGAAAGGGCUAGGUUACCUGAUACCUGGCAGAGUCCAGGUCUGUUAGUCUCCAGCUGAAUAAGGUGUUCCUGUUUGGCAUGUUUUUUAUAUUUUGUACUGUAAUAGAGGAUUGUGGCCUGUGGGGCUUUAUUUAAUUCUGGGUUUUUAAAAAUUCUUCUCUGCAUCUCUAAAAGAAUGUGCAUUAGUGUCUUUGCAAAUGUCUUGCUCUUUAAAGGUAUCUGAUUAAAAUGCAUGUUAUUUGAAAUUUAAAUUAAAGAAUUAAGUUGUCACAUGCAUAGACACUUAGUUGACCAAAAAAAAAAAAAUCAUUUUAAACAAGUUUGGUUUAUUUUAGUCUUGCUAAACGGUUUGGAAUCUGCAAGUGGGUUGAAGCUGUGCUUGACUGCGAAUAGUUAAAACUUGGAUGCUGCAGCAUUUUGAGCCCUAGAGAUGCUGCUGGUAAAUCAUUCAUGAAAUUUUUUUUACUUUUUAAUACCAAAAAUGUUAGAUAUUUUUAUCUUAACUAGUCUUUAAAAAUACAAGACUUGAGAGAACUUUCUUCAGGGCUAGGGAGACUAAUUUAAAAAUUGUUUUAUUUGGAGAUAAAUUUAAUUGUGAGGCUGGUUUUUGGGAGAAACCAUAGACUUAGGGCAAAAUUUCAGCUUAUGCUGGAGGGGGGGAAAAGAACCUCAAAGUAUCUCCAUCCUUUACUUCUGUAGCCUUUGGAUUUAAUCGGGUACCGCUCCUGGGAUAUCAGACACUUUACUUCCUACACCAUUUUGGGAUAUAAAGGUGCAGAGUGAACUAAGAAACUUGAACAUAUCCAUUGGGGACUGAUGCUGAGGAGGAGCUGACAUACAAAGGGAUAAAGGCCGUAAUAUUACACAGAAAUGGAUGUGUGGUCAAGAGUAGCAGUGUGGAUCCUGUGUGGUUUUCUUCUGCACCAAGGACAGGGGGAGAGGCCCCCAGGUACCCUUUUGGAUGAAACUGCAAUUGCAGAGUUCUGUCGAAUUGAUGAGCCCUUGUGCCACCUCGAAGAUGAGCAGCUCAGCUUUGAAGCUGUCUGCAAUAUCCACAAGCAGAUGGAUGAUGACGCCAAUGGCAACGUGGAUGUAGAGGAGAGCGAUGAGUUCCUGAGGGAAGACUUAAAUUAUCAUGACCCAACAGUCAAACACAGCACCUUCCAUGGGGAGGAUAAACUCAUCAGCGUGGAAGAUCUCUGGAAGUCAUGGAAAACAUCCGAAGUGUAUAACUGGACAGUUGAUGAGGUGGUGCAGUGGCUAAUCACCUAUGUGGAACUGCCACAGUAUGAAGAAACCUUCAGGAAACUGCAGCUAAGUGGACAUGCCAUGCCCAGGUUAGCGAUAAACAACGCCACCAUGAUGGGAACUGUACUGAAAAUGACUGAUCGGAGCCACAGGCAGAAGCUGCAGCUGAAAGCCCUGGACACAGUGCUGUUUGGACCUCCUCUCUUAACUCGUCAUAACCACCUAAAGGAUUUCAUGUUGGUGGUGUCCAUUGUCAUUGGAGUGGGUGGCUGCUGGUUUGCCUACAUCCAGAACCGCUACUCAAAGGAGCACGUGAAGAGGAUGAUGAAAGACCUAGAAGGGCUUCAUAGAGCUGAGCAGAGUCUACACGACCUUCAAGAAAGGCUGCAGAAGGCCCAGGAGGAACACCGCACGGUGGAAGUGGAGAAGGUGCAUCUGGAGAAGAAGCUCCAAGACGAGAUCAGCAUCGCCAAGCAAGAGGCCCACCGGCUGCGGGAGCUGCGCGAGGGGACGGAGAACGAGCUGAGCAGACAGAAGUACGCUGAGCAGGAGCUGGAGCAGGUCCGAAUGGCGCUGAAGAACGCAGAGAAGGAGCUUGAAUCCCACUGCAGCUGGGCUGCACCAGAGGCCUUGCAGAAAUGGCUCCAGCUGACCCACGAAGUGGAGGUCCAGUACUACAACAUCAAGAAACAGAAUGCGGAGAAGCAGCUGCUGGUGGCCAAAGAGGGGGCUGAAAAAAUUAAAAAGAAGCGAAACACCCUCUUUGGAACAUUUCAUGUUGCUCACAGCUCAUCCCUAGACGACGUUGAUCAUAAAAUCUUAACUGCAAAGCAAGCCCUGAGCGAAGUGACGGCCGCACUGCGGGAGCGCCUACACCGCUGGCACCAAAUCGAGCUGCUGUGUGGCUUCCAGAUUGUCAACAACCCAGGCAUCCACACGCUAGUGACAGCCCUGAACAUCGAUCCCAGCUGGGUGGGCACCUCCCGUCCCAACCCAGCGCACUUCAUCAUGACUGAUGAUCUGGACGAUCUGGACGAAGAGAUUGUCUCUCCCAUGUCCAUGCAGUCUGCCCCCUUGCCGAGCGGUGUCCGCCAGCGCGUCGUGGACCCGCAGCACUCCCUCGGAUCUCAGAGAGACCUAAGUCACUCCGACUCCGAUUCCUCCUUCCUGUACAUGAGCGACCAUCAGCGCAUCCCAGGCUCUGUUCCCAAGCUCCUGGCCGCCAGGCCCCCCAUGCUGACCCGGUCCACAGAGGAGGCUGCUUCAGGCCACCCUGCCGGCUGCGCCCCGACCUCCAACGGAGGCAGCAGGCACAGCGAGGCCUCCUCGCUGGGGGCUUUGCAGGAGCGGCUGGCCGAGAGCCCGGUGGUGGCGAAGAAGAUGAUGAUGCUGAACCAUGGUAUGGAGAAGUCCGCCAGCCUCGGGGAGAUCAGGCACUCGGAUUCCUCCCGCUCACACAGCCCCAGCUCCACCGAGCCCGACACGCCCUCCCCCAUCUCUGACUCCAGGCCCGGCAACGCUAAGAACACCCGCAUCCCGCAGCUGGCCGCCAAGAAGAACGCCGGGGAAGAGGACAGCGGCUCCACGGGCGAGGAGACUGACUCCAGCCAGGGCAAGAAAAAGUUCCCCCUAAAGAUCUUCAAGAAGCCCAAGAAGUAGGAGGAGGAGGAAAGCCAGCCACCAACCCAAUCCAUUGGGCAAGGAGGGGCGGGGCACAGAGCCACAAGCGAGGGCACCCUUCCCACCCCUUCCAGGAGCCACAUGGGUGGGAUGCUUGCGACUGCCCACCCCUUCCCCGCCCCCAGACACCCUCUGCCUCCCAAUCAAGUCGUGUAAAAUCCGCGGGGGGGGGAGCUCUUUAAACGUAUUUAUUUCCUGACGUGGAAACCAGCCGCCCCUUCUCCCUCCCUCCAGUUCAGUAGCCCCCUGCUUUGCUGUGCAUGGCUUCUCAUGCCUUCCGAGAGCCCCUGCCUCCGCUCGGCCAUACGGCAGUGCGGGUUUGUUUAACGGGCUUUGAUUUUCCCCCUUUCGGCUUCUUCGGGACUCCUGCACGCGCGGCUCCUGAUCGGCUUGAGAACCCGCCCAGGGGAGGGGUCCCUCUGGGCCGGACCUGCCGCUUGCAUCUAUGCACCCCCAGGGCUUUGGCCUCCCUCUCGCCUGGGCCGGGCACCGGCUCCGGGAGGUCAGGGCCGAGUCCUGGCUACUCAGGGUUGAAUCCGCUGCGAUCUCUUAGGGGUAGCUGCCUGGUGCGUGUCUUUGCGGCUCUCUCGGGUGGGCAGCGAAGGGCACUUUGGGACAGGCGCCCCGUGGCUGGGGUGACUGGGGAGAGAGGCUGGGGCUUCUGCGGUUUUGGCAGGGGAAAGCAGAAGGCGCGUGCCAGCUCGCGGGGCCGGGGCUUUGUGGGGAGAGAACAGGGCCUGGCCGCUGGUGCUGCAUUCAGGAACCGUGGCCAAGUCUAUUCUAGGCAGUGUUUGUUUCUUUAGCUGGCUGCAGCCUGCUGGGUUUGUUUCUGAAGCAGGGCCUGCUCCGUGAAGAUCCCCCAGCAGGCCCUGCCCUGUCUCAGCCUUCCCAGCCUCGGCAGCGCGAGCUUCCCUCGGCCAGGGCCAGGCCCUGGGCAAAGGCAAUGGGGUGUGGGGGAGGCAGGUGCUGCGAACCCCAGAGCAGCUCCCACCAGGCCGAAGGGCCGCAAGCCAUUUGGGGACAGCCGGGUACCUUCAUUGAGCUGCCUGGGUGAGUCGGGCCAGGAUCAGGGCCGUUCCCUGGGCCUGGACCCAGUGGGGUUGGGGAAUGAGAAUUCCCCUCAGGGGCCGGAUACCUCGGGGAGGGGCUGAAAUGGCUGGACGAGGAGUUGGCUCUGCUGUGCCAGGCCGUGUCCAGUUCCAGCAGCCAGCCGAGGAGGGACUCGGCGGUUCUGCCCCCAGGGGUGGUUCUAAUGCCCCUGGGGGGUUCCUCCGGCGUCCUCCCUGCUGCGAUGGCUGGGGGGGUGCUACGGCGGGAGCUAAUGCCGGGCUUGGGGCUCGCGGCUCCUGGUUUCUGAGCAGGGAUUCCCAGGGAGUGAGGAGUUCCUACGUCCCAGGGCAGCUUCAGGCAGCCAGUAUCUGCCCCUCGGGGCUGGGCUGCUGCAGCGGGAGGAGCAGGGGGAGGAUGAGGAGCUGGGGAGAACCAGAGCCGGCUCUCGGCUGGUGGGCCACCUGCUGCGGCCGGCACGGCCUGUCAGGAACGUUUCGCAGGGAGGAGCGAUUGGCCUUGGCCCAGGGGGGUUCCCCUUUGCAGCGCUGCUCCCUGUUCAGACUAGACCCAGGCCGGCGGAGCCAGCAGCCGAGAGCCCCGCAGCGCCCCCAGCGAGAGCAGGGUCCGUGACCAAUUGCUACCUCCACGCGGCCGGCUGGAGCCUGUCUGCAACCUUCACUUGAAGGAGCGCACCCAGCCCCCCCCCCCCCCCGCCCUGUGCACUGCCCCCCAUGCCCGAUCCCUCCCCGUGCGGGAGCGCCCAGGCUUUGGGCACCCACCAAGGAGCCCCCUGGCGCGGGGCCUGGCGUUCUGCCUGCGGUAGUGGGGAGGAAUCCUGUGUUCUCGGGGGGAGCAGGGCUGGCGGCAAAGAUCCCUGAGGAGGGAGGGGGGCUGGCUGGGGCCCUUGCUUGUAGCUGGUGGAAGAUACUGGAUGUCACGUCUCCAGGAAGGGCUAAGGAGGAGUUUUAGAGCCGGUAGCUAAAUGAUUACAUUGUUGCUUUGAGAUAAGUGAAAAAUCCUCUACAUUGCUUAAGUGCCUGCGAUUCCUCACUCUCCUGCCCCACGGGCUGCUGCUGGCCACCUGGCUGGCCCGCGGGCCGUCCUGCUGCCAGCGCGUGCCAGGGAGCCCUGGGUCAUGUGCCCUUCGCUGACAGCCCGUGAUGGGAAUUGCACCGGCCGCCGGCUCCUGCCAGCCUAGGGCUGGUCCCGAGCCAUGCAGCUUGGCUUGCACUGGGCAGUUUCAGACCAGCUCAGCACACCCCGCUGAGAGCAGCCUCGGGGCCUUGCCUGGCAGCAGCGCCCACCUCCCUCCCGGCAGUGGUUCCAGAGCAGGGUGGGAAGGGCCCCGGGGAGGUGUGUAGCCCAGGCCCGGGUGUGUGCCGCUUCCUCCCUGCCCUAAGCACGGCCCGUGGGCAGGGGUGCCCCAGCUGGGCCUGGCGCCCCGCGCCGAUGCUUGCUGGAGAAGGCGGUGGCAUUUAUAAAGCAGCGAUUGUGAUGCAUCUGCCAAGUCUGAUUUGUUUUGUCAUUUCAUAAAACUGUUUUCAAUCCAAUAAAGCAUGUAGGAGAUUUUGAG